CGUCCAGCCGCGCAUAUCCCGUCGCCUUCGCCGGCCCGAACCACCCCGCCAUUACUGCAACCCAACCAUGUGAUGCUGCGGAGGAGGCGCCAUUAAGCCACCACCACGCCCUCUCUUCCCAGGGACGAUGCGCGCGAAUACGCUGAGAGCAGCAAUGGCGACGGCCAGGAUGGCGCUGUCGUCGCCGGCAAGAGCGCUCUCGUCCGCGGCCGCGCACCCUCCCGCCUCCGGCGUGGCCAUGGUGCAGGGCGCGUCGCGCGGCAUCGGGCUGGAGUUCGUGAGGCAGCUGCUGCGGAGGAGCGACCAGGGCCGCGUCGUCGCGACGUGCCGCGCCCCCGACUCCGCCGCCGAGCUCCAGGAGCUGAGGCGGGAGCACGCGGGGCGCCUCACCGUGCUGCCGCUGGACGUCACCGACGAGAGCACCAUAGAGGCCGCCGCAGCCGCAGUUGGGGAGACCCACGGAUCCCUCGACCUACUGAUCAAUGCCGCCGGCAUCCUUUCGAUCCAAAAUGUGAUACAGCCAGAGACCUCGUUGAGCAAAGUUCAGAAGUCAUCCCUGCUACUGGCAUAUGAAGUCAAUGCUGUCGGUCCUAUUCUAGUCAUCAAGCAUAUGCGUCCGUUCCUGAAGAUUGGUGCGAGCUUGGAAACAGGGAAAGGUUUUUCGUUGGUUGCAAAUAUGAGCGCUAGGGUUGGCUCGAUUGGAGACAAUGCUCUGGGAGGCUGGCAUUCGUACAGAGCUUCUAAAACAGCACUGAAUCAAUUGACUAAGACUGCGUCAGUCGAGUUGGGCAAGAAGGACAAUAUCGCCUGCAUUUUGCUGCAUCCAGGAACUGUCGACACCGAUCUCUCACGGCCAUUCCAAAGAAAUGUGGCCAAGGAUAAACUCUUCACGAGGGAGUUCUCUGUGCAGAAGCUCCUGUCCAUCAUUGACAAUGCCAAGAAGACUGACAAUGGGAAGUUCUUCGCUUGGGAUGGCCAAGAAAUUCCUUGGUGACCACUGUUUUCCAGUCAGUGAUCAUUCUUGCCCCAAUCUUCUUCUUCAGAACCAGCUGCAUUUGCGCCUUGAAUUCAAAUCCAUGAACCCAGCUCUAGUAAGAUCUCUGAUAUGAAAAGCAUGCAAAGUUAUCCCCCCUUUCCUCUUCAUUUUCAACUACUUCAAAUUAUGCAUAUCUGAUGUUUGGCCCUGAGUACAACUUUAGAAGUCAAGCUUGUUCCCUGGUAUAUAUCUAUAAGCACUGGGGCCUACAGUCUACUAAAUAAAGUACACACACACUUGCAGUGGGAGCUUUCUUGUCUCCCAGUACAUGUCAAUUGCACUAAGCAAAUUCUGGUUCUGGUCAUAAGUAACCUCUUCAUAGCUGCGAUUUCUUUGUCCCAAUAAGUCAUACGCAACUUGUGGUUAGAUCCCAGCUUAAUAUCUUUGCACCAACAUCAACCUUCAAAUCGUCCCAAUUUGUGCUAUCCCUGUGAGCGAGUUUGUUUGGUACUCGGUCGAUUCAGUACGAAUCCUGGUGGCCGCUGGGGCAAUUUUGACAAAUCCUUGUAUGUUUGAUCAAUCUGAAUAUUGUAAAUGCUGGAGCUUCCUGUGGCAAAGAUCGAUCAAGCUGUAAUUGCUUUUGGCAAA